CUAAACCAGAAACAACGAUGAUUCCGAAGGUUAUAAUUUUCUACUGCUUCGUCGCAUUUGUUUCAACAGCUUCUGGGACGGUUCUUCGUAUCGCUGGUGGUGAAAAUGCAAAACCUGGCCAAUAUCCGUAUUAUGUGAGUUUGUACUACAAAGAAAUAUUCGGUGAGAAUGUCGAUUCCUUUUGCGGAGGGGCAAUUUUAAACCAUCAAUGGAUAAUCACGGCUGCCUACUGUAUUUAUUCAGUAAAUAAUAUCGACGAUAUAUUUAUCAAAGUCGGUAGUAUUAAUUACAGAAAAUAUUCAGUAACUGAACAAAUAUCAAAAAUAACAACAAGUUUUGCUCACCCGGAAUAUAGUAGUCCUGCUGGCCCCUAUGAUAUUGGAGUUAUGAAAGUGGAAAUUCCAUUCGUAUUUAACGAAUUUGUGGCACCAAUCAACUUACCGAAGCCGGAAACUAUCCCUACAGGAUCAGGAACCGUAACUGGCCUUGGAUUUCUCAAGUACAUUAUAGAACCCUACUUACCCGACUCGUUGCAAGCUGUUACAUUACCAAUUAUUAAUAAUGAUGAGUGUCAAACAUUGAUCGAGGAGUUAUUAGGCGAUAACGCAAAUGAGUUGAAUUUACUUGAUAAAUUGCGAUUCUGUUCUGGACCUACGAAGAAGAAUCAGGGCUAUUGCUUGAAUGAUACCGGAGAUCCUUUCACAACAAAAGAAAAUGGUAAAGAUGUGCUCAUUGGUAUAGCAACUUUUGGAUUUGCAGCCGAUUGCAAGACUCCAGGUGUACCAUCUAUUUAUACUCGCGUAUCUGCUUUUAACGAUUGGAUACAAGAAAGUAUUUCAACGAAUGCGAAUGAUAAAUAAUUAUCUUAAUACAAUGAGCAUUGAUGCACUAAUAUACUUUAUGACUAAUUCAAUCAAUAAAUUCGUUAAGAUUAUUCGAUUUAAGU